AUGGCACAUGCUAACGGUGUCAACGGUGUUGGACAUGACGACGAAGGCAUCGAAGUGUUUACAGAUUACUUAAUUGUCGGCACUGGUCCAGCUGGUGGCGCGUUGGCAUGUUUCUUGUCUCAACACGGAUUGACUGGCUUGAUUGUGAGCCAGGAUCCCGGCAACGCAGAUACACCGCGAGCACAUAUCACGAACAUGGCUGCCAUUGACUGCCUUAGAGACAUCGGCUUAGACAGAGACUGCUAUAUUAUUGGAACUUCGGGAGACUCGAUGAUUCACACUAGAUGGUCAAAUAGUUUUGCCGGCGAGGAGUACGCACGGAUAUACUCAUGGGGCAACGAUCCGAAACGAAAGGGCGACUACGAGCUCGCGAGCCCUUCAGACCCGUUGGACUUACCUCAGACUCUACUUGAGCCUCUGCUGAUAAGGUAUGCGACGCUGAACGGAUUCAAGUGCCGCUGGGACACACGAUUUGUAUCGUACGUUCAAGAGCCUGCGGGUAAGGGUGUCACCACCACUCUGCACGAUAAGAUCAGCGGCCGUGACUUCAAAGUGCGGUCCAAGUUUCUCUUUGGCGCCGACGGUGCCCGCAGUCCCAUUAUGCAACAGACGGGCAUCCCAAUGAUCAAAAGACCUGGGCAGGGUUUUGCGAUCAACAUCCUCAUGGAGGCUGACCUUUCUCACCUGAUGGAAAACCGUAUGGGUAAUCUGCAUUGGCUCCUGACCCCAGACAAGGAGCACCCCGAUUUUGCUUGGAUUGGAUGUAUCAGAAUGGUCAAGCCGUGGUUCGAAUGGCUGUGCAUCAUCUUCCCUACUGCGGAGGCCGAGAGAAAAGUCCGGACUCCUGAAGAAUACAUUAAGCGUGUUCACGAGUUCAUCGGGGAUGAUUCAGUCGAGGUCAAGAUCAAGGGUAUAUCCACCUGGAUGAUCAACGAGACAGCGGCCGAAGCAUACUCGAAGGGCGAUGUUUUCUGUCUAGGUGAUGCCGUGCACCGACACCCGCCAAACCACGGUCUGGGUUCCAACACAUGUAUUCAGGAUGCUCAUAACUUGGCAUGGAAAGUAGCCAUGGUCCACAAAGGAUUGGCUGGGAGAGGCUUACUCGACAGUUAUAGCGCCGAACGUCAGCCAGUGGGACUGGACGUUGUCACUCAAGCCAAUGCGUCUCUUCGCAACCACAAGAAGGUCUGGGAAGUUCUCGGCAACCUGGAGCCAACCGUCGAAAAGCGUAUGGCAGCAUUCAACAUUCUUAAAGAGGACUCUGAUCGGGGUCGGAAACGCCGGCAAGAUCUGGAAGCGUGUCUAAAACUCAUCAACCGCGAAGAACAUGGUUUGGGAAUCGAAAUGAACCAGCGAUAUACAUCGUCGGCAGUGUACAAGUCCGAUCAAGGUCCAAUGCCCAGUUUCGCCACGGAUCCGCUCGAGCAUUAUCACGCCACCACAUACCCUGGCGCCAGACUGCCACACGUCUGGCUGAGUAACACUAUCCCAUCAAAGGCCCUAUCCACGCUCGAUCUCGCAGGAAAAGGUAGCUUUUGUCUGUUCACGGGCAUUGGAGGCCAGGGCUGGAAAGACGCGGCGGAGAAAGUUUCGGCGGAGCUAUAUGUUCCCCUCACUGCAUACUCGCUAGGAUGGAGACAAGAUUACGAGGACAGGUACCUGGAUUGGGCCAAGGUUAGAGAUGUCGAGGAGUCCGGUUGUGUGCUGGUGCGGCCAGAUUACUUCGUCGCGUGGAGGAGCGAGAAAUGGGAACAAGAUGGUGAGGAGAAGCUGAGGACAGUCUUGAAGUCGAUUUUGUCAAGGACUUGA